AUGGCCCCCGGCGAGUCGAAAGAUGAGCGUGACGAACGAGUUGCCCGUCUCUGGGACACCUUGGACACGCGCAAAGAGGGUCAUCUGGAUCUGAAUGGAUUGAAGAAGGGCUUGAAGAAGAUCGACCAUCCUCUUAAAAAUGCGGAUGAAAUGCUGCGCAACAUCCUACGCGAAGUUGAUACCAAUGGCGAUGGCCAGAUUGACAAUGACGAGUUCCGAGCUUUUAUCGACCACACCGAGUCCGGGCUAUGGCAGAUGUUCCAGUCGAUCGAUCGAAAUCAUAAUGGAGAAAUCGACAAGGCAGAGCUAAAAAGUGCAUUUUCACAAUCUGGGGUUACCGUGUCGAGUGCAAAGCUAGACGAGUUUUUCGCCGAGAUUGACAAAAACAACGACGGUGUAAUCACUUACACGGAAUGGAGGGACUUUCUUCUCUUCUUGCCGCUACGUUCCCCGUCGGACCUUCGCGCUCUCUUGUCAUACUACACGGCAACGGGCAAUCUAAACCCGGAAGGAGAUGUCCACAUCAAUGAUCUGCAGGGUUUAGGUACAGACCACACAUUUCUUAACCGUUAUCUCCUGGCUCUCAAGAGCCUUUUGUACAAUAUCCUCUCCCUGCCCGCGUUGGCCUCCCUCCUUCCAUCCGCGUUAGCGCAAAUCACCAGCCCGACAACUUUGACCACCGCUAUCGGGAAUGACUUUGCCUCGUUAGACGGUGAUUUCGAGUUGGAGUGGCUGUCUAUCCCCAAGACAACCGCCAUGUGGAUGUCUCUCCGCUAUUAUGAACGGAAGUUGACCGAAAAUACCCCUCAAUUAGGCUACUUUAUCGCAGGUGGGAUUGCGGGCGUCGUCUCCAGAACGGCUACUGCUCCUCUCGAUCGACUCAAAGUCUAUCUCAUUGCCCAGACUGGCGUAAGACAAACGGCAGUUCAGGCGGCGAAGGAGGGAGCUCCCUUGGCAGCCGCAGGGAAUGCAUCCAGGUCAUUGCUUGAUGCCCUCAAGGAGUUAUGGAGGGCUGGUGGCAUGCGAAGUUUGUUUGCAGGUAAUGGAUUAAACGUCCUCAAGGUCAUGCCAGAAUCUGCAAUCAAGUUUGGAGCCUAUGAGUCGGCGAAACAAGCUUUUGCGAGGCUCGAAGGGCACAAUGAUCCUAAACGAUUGAGACCCACUUCGCAAUUUCUGUCUGGCGGUAUUGGUGGAAUGGUUGCUCAAUGCUUUGUAUACCCCCUCGAUACAUUGAAAUUCCGCAUGCAAUGCUCAACUGUGGAAGGUGGCCUGAAAGGAAACAAGCUCAUUGCAGCGACUGCACGCAAAGUGUGGAAUGCCAAUGGGCUGCUUGGCUUUUUCCGUGGUCUUCCACUUGGUCUUAUUGGAAUGUUUCCCUAUGCGGCAAUCGACCUGACAACUUUUGAAUAUUUGAAACGCGCCCUUCUCGCUAGACAGGCCCGGUUGAAACAUUGCCACGAAGACGACGUACCGCUGAACAAUUUCGUGACUGGAGCAAUUGGCGCUCUUAGUGGAGGACUGAGUGCCUCAGUCGUCUACCCCCUCAACGUGCUCCGGACCCGACUGCAGGCUCAAGGUACUGUGCUUCAUCCAACCACAUACACCGGCAUUGGUGAUGUUGCCCGCAAAACCCUCCAGACCGAAGGUCCUCGUGGUUUCUAUAAGGGUCUCACACCCAAUCUCCUCAAAGUGGCACCGGCCGUGUCUAUUAGCUACGUGGUUUAUGAGAACUCGAAGCGAAUGCUUGGUUUGAAAUAA